GGUUUGCACAGGGCUGAAGCCUGCCACCGAGAGAGCAUCAUGGUUCGGUCAGUGGCCUGGGCAGGUGUGAUGGCUCUGCUGCUGGUCCGGUGGGGCUCUGCUUCCAAACUGGUCUGCUACUUCACCAACUGGUCCCAGUACCGCCAGGGAGCAGCUCAGUUCCUGCCCAAGGAUGUGGUCCCUGACCUGUGCACCCACAUUAUCUACGCCUUUGCCAGCAUACAUGACCACCAGCUCACCUUUCUAGAACACAAUGACCAAUUUCUCUACCAGGAGUUGAACAGCCUGAAGAAGACGAAUCCCAGGCUCAAGACUCUGUUAUCCGUCGGGGGCUGGACUUUUGGCACCCAGAAGUUCACAGACAUGGUGGCCACUGUAGAGAGCCGGAAGAGAUUCGUUGACUCAGCCAUCGGAUUUCUGCGCACAAAUGGCUUUGAUGGCCUUGACCUUGACUGGGAAUACCCGGCAAGCCGUGGGAGCCCGGCGGUGGAUAAGGAGCGAUUCACCAUCCUGGUGCAGGACUUGGUGAAGGCCUUCCAGCAGGAAUCCCAGGCCUCGGGGAAGGAACGAUUGCUGCUGAGUGCUGCUGUCCCUUCUGGGCGAAGCCAGGUGGAGGCCAGCUAUGAGGUGGACAGAAUUGCUCAGAGCUUGGAUUUCAUCAACCUUAUGACCUAUGACUUCUACGGCCCCUGGGCGAAGGUCACAGGACAUCACAGCCCCCUCUACAAGAGGCAGGGAGAGCAAGGUGCAAACGCUGAGCUGAACGUGGAUGCUGCCGUACAAUUGUGGCUGCAGAAGGGAACCCCUGCCUCCAAGCUGAUCCUUGGCAUGCCUACCUAUGGACGAUCCUUCACUCUGGCCUCGUCCGACACCAGCGUGGGGGCCCCCAUCACGGGACCUGGAGCCCCUGGCCCCUUCACUAAAGACAAAGGGAUACUGGCUUACUAUGAGGUCUGCUCCUGGAAGACAAUUCAGAGAAUCAAGGACCAGAAGGUGCCCUAUGCUUUUCAGGACAAGCAGUGGGUGGGUUUUGAUGAUGUAGAGAGCUUCAAGGCCAAGGUCAACUAUCUGAAGCAGAAGGGCCUGGGUGGGGCCAUGGUCUGGAGCUUGGACUUGGAUGACUUCUCUGGCUCCUUCUGCAACCAAGGCCGCUACCCACUCAUCCAGACGCUGCGGCAGGAGCUGAGUCUUCCCUCCAUGCCUCCAAGUCCAAAGCCAAAAGUGCCUGCUCCUGGCCAGCCCUCGGAACCUAGGCGGGGUCCUAGCCCUGGACAUGACACCUUCUGCCAGGGCAAAGAUGAUGGUCUCUACCCCAACCCCCGGGACCUGUCCACCUUCUACACCUGUGCAGGGGGCCGGCAGUUCCUGUUCAACUGCCCAUCAGGCCUGGUGUUCAGCACCUCCUGCAACUGCUGCAACUGGGCCUGAGCCCCCUGGCCCCUCCCUUGUUGCCUGGGGCCAGCGCCUGGGAUGGCCCUGCAGCCUGCCUCUCGCUCCUGGGGGCUGCCGCCUGGCCCUGCUGACCUCUGUAUGUUCUCUUCAUAACCAGGCUUUCUGCUCUCCUCCAGGGCUUCCAUUUUUCUCUCUUUAAUUACAAAAUAAACUUCUGGUUUGCACCCUUC